AUGGGCCGCGCCGUGCCGUCGUCAUCGCCGAGCUCGCCGCAGCUCGGGCGCAAGCGCACGGCGGCGCCCACACCGGAGCCGCCGACGCCGCGGCGCUACUGCUCCAUGGACGACGUCAUGCGCCGCGCGUGCGCCGUCGACGCGCCGCCCCCCGUCGCCCGCGCGCGGGUGUACACCUACUACGAGAACCUCAUCUGCGAGACCUGCGGCUCCGGCGACCGCGACGACGACCUGCUCCUCUGCGACCGCUGCGACCGCGGCCACCACACCUUCUGCCUCCGCCCCAUCGCUGCCAAGGUCCCCAUCGGCCCCUGGCUCUGCCCCGUCUGCGCCCCACCCGCCAAGGCCCCCAAGAGAUUCCCGAUGAAGCAGACCAAGAUCAUCGAUUUCUUCGGGAUUCAGAAGGAUGGGCAGGAUGCCCAGGCCCCCAAAUGUAGGCUCUCCCAAGAUGCUAGAAGGCGAAGGAAGCGUUCUCUUGUUAUGCACAAGAAGAGGAGGAGGAUACUGCCAUUUGUUCCAUCUGAAGAUGGAGCUAGAAGACUAAGACAAAUGGCGUCUCUGGCCACUGCUUUGACGUCUUCCAAAACAGAGUUCAGUAAUGAACUGACUUACAUGCCUAAUAUGGCUCCUAGAUCUUCCAAUCUGGCAAGAUUGGAGGUAGGCGGUAUGCAGGUUCUGCCCAAAGAGGAUAAGGAAAGUAUAGAGUUGUGCAGAACCAUGCAACAAAGAGGCGAAUGCCCUCCACUUCUUGUGGUCUUCGAUUCCCUUGAAGGUUUCACUGUGCAGGCUGAUGGUGAUAUUAAGGAUAUGACCUUCCUCGCCGAAUAUGCUGGGGAUGUCGAUUAUCUGGAGAAGAGAGCAAACGAUGAUAUUGACUGUAUUAUGACGCUCCUCCUGACAGCUGACCCUUCCCAAAGGCUGGUCAUUUGCCCUGACAAGCGGGGGAACAUUUCUCGCUUUAUCAGUGGCAUCAAUAACCACACACAGGAUGGCAAGAAGAAGCAGAAUGUCAAGUGUGUGCGGUAUGACAUUGAUGGGGAGAGCCAUGUCUUGUUGGUGGCCUGCCGUGAUAUAGCUUGUGGUGAAAAACUAUAUUACGAUUACAAUGGAUACGAGCAUGCCUAUCCCACUCAACAUUUCCUCUAA